AUGGUAGGGACUGGUAGUGACAGCAGGACUGAGUCAGGACUGACGCGCAAAGAAGUGCUCCAACAGUGGAGAGAGCCGAGAGCCGUACACUAUGUGUGGCCCGUGGGGUGCGAUCGGGUGCUAAGUGGCCGGCCGUGCGGUUGUGGGACACUUGUGGUGGGCUGUCGUGAGGGGGCUGUCGGUGGGAAUGAACGUGUGGUUGUACUUGGUGACCACUUGAAGCCAACACCUCACGAGCCCUUCAAGACGGGGAUCUCAGUUAUGGCCUGUUGUCUGAGCGAAGAGGCGAAGGAACAGAAGAGAAUCAAUCAGGAGAUUGAACGCCAGCUCCGCAAAGACAAACGCGAUGCCCGACGGGAACUCAAACUACUCCUUCUCGGCACUGGAGAGUCAGGAAAGAGUACAUUCAUUAAACAAAUGCGAAUAAUUCAUGGAUCGGGUUAUUCGGACGAAGACAAGAGAGGGUUCAUAAAACUCGUUUAUCAGAAUAUCUUUAUGGCUAUGCAAAGCAUGAUUAAAGCCAUGGAUUUGCUCAAAAUCCCUUACAAAGACCCCAGAAAUUCAGACGCCGCAGAGUUAGUCCGUUCUGUAGAUUACGAAACUGUCACCACAUUUGACAGCCCUUUCGUAGAAGCGAUUAAACAGUUAUGGUUUGACUCCGGUAUACAAGAAUGCUAUGAUAGGAGGAGGGAGUAUCAGCUCACAGACUCUGCCAAAUACUAUCUGAGCGAUGUCGAUAGAAUCGCUGCCACCGAUUAUUUGCCUACACAACAAGAUAUUCUUCGAGUCCGAGUGCCUACCACUGGCAUCAUUGAAUACCCGUUCGACUUAGACUCUAUCAUAUUUAGAAUGGUAGACGUGGGCGGCCAGCGGUCGGAGCGGCGGAAAUGGAUCCACUGUUUCGAGAACGUAACUUCAAUUAUAUUCUUAGUCGCCUUAAGUGAAUACGACCAGAUUCUGUUCGAGUCAGACAACGAGAAUCGAAUGGAAGAAAGUAAAGCAUUAUUCAAGACGAUAAUCACAUAUCCGUGGUUUCAAAACUCUUCAGUUAUUCUAUUUCUAAAUAAGAAGGACUUAUUAGAAGAAAAGAUAAUGUAUUCCCAUCUCGUCGACUACUUUCCUGAAUAUGACGGGCCAAAGAAAGAUGCGAUUCACGCGCGAGAAUUUAUUCUAAAGAUGUUUGUCGACCUCAACCCCGAUAGCGAAAAGAUAAUAUAUUCUCAUUUUACGUGUGCAACAGACACUGAGAACAUCCGGUUUGUAUUCGCCGCCGUAAAGGAUACUAUACUUCAGCUUAAUUUAAAAGAAUAUAAUUUGGUUUAAUAGUCAUAAAGUGAUGUUUUAAUUGAAACAAAUUGUAUUUGAAUUGAAAAUAAUUAAUAAUUGAAUGAAACGAAGAUCUGUUGAGAGGAUUGUGAAGAUGUGAAAAGAAGAAAGCAUUUAAAAAAUUGUAAAUUUGUUAUAAUUGUGUUUAUAAGUGUCAGUCAAUGUGUGCGCCAACGCUUUGAUGAGCAAUACAUGGACUGGUAUUAUAUGGGACUGCGGUGUGAGUUGAGUGCCGGACCGUUUGCAUCGCUCCAUCUCUCCAUUCAAUGCAUAGGCCAUACUAUGAGUGCAGCUCUUUGUGCAGUAAAUGGAUUGAAACCAAAACAUAACUAACAAAAAACAGACAAAUAAACAAAUUGACUGAAUUUGAAAUAAUUUACGGUUAAGUACUUGUAUUACACACUCAUUGUGCACAUCAAACCAUUUGUAUUCGCCAUCAAUUCAAACCAACUCUCAGACACUCACAACUCGGGGACUCAAAAACUAUAACUAAAUUUUAGUGCAAUUUUUGUUUAAUUUGCAACAAAAUUGAGACUUUCCUCUGAACCGACAAAAAUACGAUAACAAUUCAAUACAAUAUAAUUUCUCUUCAUUUGCUUUUCAACGCAUUAUUUGAUGGACUGAUCGAUGGACUCAUUUUACAGUGUUUUUUAAAUUUGAUGGAUCCGUUUGAUUGGUGCCAAACAAAUCAAAUACAGCUGAAAAAGUCGCCGCUUUUAAUAUAAAUUUAAAUUAAUUUCUUUCCUUUUGUUUUUUUGGUCAUAAGU